AUGGCCUCCCACCCCCAAAACAAUGGCGCUCCUCCACCACUCAACCGCCAUCCCCCGCCACCGUGCAUCCGUCUCCUCUGGCACCCUACUCAGUUCUCCAUCCUCGACCGCCCCCUCCCUGACACCUUCCGCUUCCUGAACCCCUGGGAAUCACCACUCCCCCUCAGCAACUUCCUCUCCUCCACUGAUGCCGGCGCCACCAAGGCAAUCCUCACCUCCGGCAUGAGUCCGAUCACCACCGACAUGCUCUGGUGGCUCCCGGAGGUCCGCCUUGUCAUCACCACCAGCGCAGGCCUUAAGCACAUCGACUUGGCAAAGUGCCGACGGCGUGGGAUUGUGAUCACCAACACAGGAGACACAUACUCGGAGGACACGGCGGAUUUGGCCACCACUGUGCCACCAGACUGGUUGACUUGA